AUGCUGCCGUUCGAAACCCUUGAGGAAGCUUCGAACGACAGCAUUGUCAUGCCAGAAGAUCCUCCUUCGACCGCGACCCACACCUCGGAAGAGAACCGCUUGGCCAGAUUGGAAGCCGCGAAGGCGCAGUUGCCUGAAGCCGCAGGGCUUCAGAAGAAUGGUCACACCAGUGACGAAGAUGAAGUCCGCGAUGAAGAGCACGUCUCGGAUGACGUAACCCUACCACCUUGUGAAGCAACAGGCGACGGGCAAACUGACGACAAGUCCGUGCAAGAUCAUGGUGCCGUAGCUAAUACUGGAAUGCUGGGCAUUGAGGAUGCACACCGAGUCCGCACCCUCGAGGCCCCUUCCUCCUUCUUGGACACCAGUAUGCUCAGCUCCGCUGGCCACGACUCUCCAGCGCAGCCAAGCACGCCUCAGGCUCUGGCACUACCUGAGCAGCCAGUUCUCGAUAUUGACUUGAACAAGAAUCCCGACAUUUUCGCCUCGGCCCUGUUGCAGAACCGAACCUCCACGCUGUCGUCAUCCGCCGUGUCGCACCUCAGCUUCACCACGCCGCAGCCAUCGUCUCCGCCUCCAAGUAUGAAAUCGCAGCUACGCGGGAUAGAUAACGAUAGUCGUUGGUCCCCACUGGCGCACUCCCCCACACCACUAUCGCCCACUCCCUUCAUCACUGCUGGUGAUUCGGAUCAGCUUGCCCACGACAUUGGGUUGGAAAAGAAUGAAGCAACACGCAAAUCCCACAGAAACUCCUCCCCUAUCGAAGCUCUUGCAAGCCUUAUCAAUCCUAUCCAAGACAUGGCCGAUACUCGUGUUGUUCUCGGUCAAAAUGAAGGCCGAUUUUUUAUCCGGUUUAAGCUGCCAGAUGAACAUGCCGAAACCUUCUUGGAGCAAGUCGACCAUGUUCAAGUUGAUACAUACAUGAAACAAGAGGACGAGGCUGUCGAAUGGGAAACAGAACCCGCUGUUACUGUCCAGGAGCUUGAGGAGAAGGCUACCGGCGAAGUUGUGAAGGUCGUGUCCGAAGAUGAUCCUCGUGAUCUUCUCAGACAGUUCGUUACGAAGCAUCAGGCUGGUAAGGCCAGACCCUCGGCUGCCAUCUUCUCUGCCGAUACCGAAUCGCCCGCCGCCGAACGCGUUAUGGGUAAGCCCGACGCGGUUGUACCAACCGCGUCGAUUCUGGUAGCCGAGAGUCCCCGAACGCCAGAGUCAGGGUUCAACCGUGCUUCGAUGCGUAUUGAAACGCCUACUUUAAACAUGGGAUCCGACCAGCCUGCUCUUGAGACUCCUACCAGGAACAGUUCGGUUAAGAAGUCCAAGCGAACGCCCCUUGGCAAGCUGGACGCUAAUAGCCCCAGUCCUGUCAAGCCAAGGCUGGCAAAAAGGAAGAUGGACGAGGACGGCGACGACGAUGAGCAAAAGAUCUGGAGAAGACGCUAG